AUGGCGGAGGCCGGGCUUGGAGCACGAUUCCUCUUCAGGAUCAUCAAGAAUGAUGCCAUGAAGCAAGAUCCUCCCCAGAUCUAUGGAUGGCGUGUUUUCCUGCUCGCCUGCUCCGCUUGCUUCGGCGGUAUGCUGUUUGGGUUCGAUAUUGGGACCAUUGGCGGUGUCUUGAUCUUGCCUGAGUUCAUGAAGGAAUACGGACUGGAUAAGCUUAACAAGGUCGGACAAGCCAAUCUAUCUGCGAACAUUGCUUCUACGCUCCAAGCUGGAUGUUUCCUCGGAUGCUUCAUAGCCUCCUGGGUUGCGGAUAAGGCGGGUCGACGGACAAGUUUGAUCAUGAAUGGUUUAAUCACCAUUGUUGGCUGUAUCCUCCAAGCCGCCAGCUCGGGAAGCGUAGCAUGCAUGUAUAUAGGAAGAUUCGUAGCUGGCGUCGGCGUCGGAGGUGCCUCCAUGGUUGUUCCCCUCUACAUUUCCGAGAACGCGCCUCGAGCCAUCCGAGGCGGUCUCACCGGUAUCUAUCAGCUCUUCAUUGCCUCUGGAACCAUGCUCGCCUUCUGGGUGAAUUACGGCUCCAUCCUGCACAUCCAUGGCAAAGCCGUCUACAUCGUCCCGCUCUCCCUCCAAGCCCUCCCCGCCGUCCUCCUCGCUGUCUGCAUGUUUCUGAACAACGAGUCUCCCCGGUACCUCGCCAAAGCUGACAAAUGGGAACGGGCGUCAUCCACCCUCUCCCGCGUCCGAAACCUCCCAGAAGACCACCCCUACAUCCAGGCUGAACUCCACGACAUCUCGGAGCAGCUCGAACACGAACGCAUGCUGAUCGGCGGGUCUUCGCUAAAAGACUUGCUUAGAGAAAUGUUCACCAUCCCCGGGAACCGCAAGCGUGCUCUGAUUUCCAUUGGUCUGAUGAUCUGCCAACAGAUGACUGGCACUAAUGCUAUCAACUACUACGCGCCGCAGAUCUUCAAGAACUUGGGGAUCAAGGGAAAUAGCACGAAUCUCUUCGCAACGGGCAUCUAUGGGGUCGUUAAAAUGACGACGUGUGCCUGCUUCCUUCUCUUCGCUGCGGAUUCUCUCGGAAGACGGCGCUCACUGCUUUGGACGUCGAUUGCGCAAGGCACGGCGAUGUUGUACAUUGGUCUGUACGUCCGUAUCAAGCCUCCGGUUGCAGGCGCUGAUGUGCCUCCCGCGGGAUACGUUGCAUUGAUUUGUAUAUUCUUGUUUGCCGGAUUCUUCCAGUUUGGUUGGGGCCCUGUGUGCUGGAUCUAUGUGAGCGAGAUUCCGACGGCUAGGUUAAGGAGUUUGAAUGUUGCGAUUGCGGCGGCGACACAGUGGUUGUUUAAUUUCGUGGUUGCGAGAGCGACGCCGAAUAUGCUUGCGACGGUUGGGAGCCACGGUUAUGGCGCCUUCCUCAUCUACUCCUGUUUCUGCUACACUAUGUUCUUCUUCGUAUGGUUCCUGAUCCCUGAAACAAAGGGUCUAUCGCUCGAGAAAAUGGACGAUCUCUUCGGCGUCACGCAACUUGUGAAGACGCUCGAAGAAGAUCGCGAGGCGCAUGCUCACGCUGUGCCCACGACCGAGAUUGGUUUAGAUGGGAAGGAAGUUGCGAAGGUUGAGAAGACGGAGAUUGUGGGUGAGGGCGAGGGGAGUCAGGGGAAGAAGCUUGGUUGA